AUGUCGACACAUCCCGCCGACUCGGAUUUCGUGCUCUUCCCUCAAAACAUCAACACCUCUCGCCGAUCCAACAUGCUCGCCGUCGAGUCCCGACCGAAGCAAUCUGCAUACUUCCAGCCGAUGGCCAUGGACCCUAACUUGGUUGACAUGUUCUCGUAUCCUAUGGACACCCCGUCCCUGUUCGCCGAGUCCGAAUUCCAGCAGGCCUCAACUUUCUCUUCUGUGCCCGCGACACCUCCUUCAGUUCCUGCGUCCCACUCGGCGGAACACCAAAUUCCCACCGGCUCGGCUGCCUCGGGCCCCUCCAUUGCGAGUGCGCCUUCUUCUGCACUGGGCUCUCCGUACUCGGGGAGUGCGCAAGUCGCGCAGGAUAAUUGGAUGAAUACGAAUCACGGCCUUGGUUUGCCUGCCGCCGUCAUGAAUGAUUUGUUUGCCAAUGAUUAUAGCCACAUGGGGGGCCACGUCGAUAUGGACGGGCUCUACCAAGAAAAGUUCCCAGACACCUUUGUCGACCCUUCUCUCAUCCAACCAGUCCAAUCCGGACCUGGCUUCACUCCUACCAUCUCCUAUCCCGAUCAAUCGACAUAUGCUUAUCCUACCGCACCCAUGAACUUUACUCCCCACUCUCCCGCCGCCUCUCCCGUGCCCUAUAGCGACAACCUCGACACGCAACGGGGAUCGCCACUUUUGGUGCCGGGAACCACCCACUCACGACCAGUGUCGGUUUACGACCGCCGGUCAUCCAUCUCUUCUAUCCAGUCCCGCCGCUCCCAGCGCAGCCCCGCACUGAGCAGCAUUGAAGCCGACGAUGAGGUCCACCAGAAGGGCCGUUGCCCACACCCUGACUGUGGCCGCGUCUUCAAAGAUCUCAAGGCACACAUGCUCACUCACCAGUCUGAACGGCCGGAGAAGUGCCCAAUCUCGACUUGCGAGUACCACACCAAGGGCUUCGCUCGCAAAUACGACAAGAAUCGCCACACCUUGACCCAUUACAAGGGCACUAUGGUCUGCGGCUUCUGCCCAGGCUCUGGCUCCCCCGCGGAGAAGAGCUUCAACCGCGCGGACGUCUUCAAGCGCCACCUUACCUCGGUGCACGGUGUGGAGCAAACGCCUCCAAACUGCCGCAAGCGCAGUCCUACCGGCUCGACUCAGAAGGGCAUGAACUACGGCAGCGACGCGACGGGCAAGUGUUCGACUUGCUCGGCGACUUUCAGCAAUGCCCAGGACUUCUACGAGCACUUGGACGACUGUGUUCUGCGUGUGGUGCAGCAGGAAGAGCCCUCCGAGGCGAUCAACCAACAACGAUUGGCCGAAGUCGCCGCUGAUGAGGAGGUGCAAAAGACGAUGGAGAAACACCAAUUGCUGGACGUGGCUGGCCCCGUCGACGCCCUUGAUGAUAAUGACUCUCACGACGAUGACGAUUCCCACGACUCCUCCUGGCGCGCCGACCCAUCAUCGGCUCUGGCAACGCCGUCACGAAAUCCGGCUCCGGGGGCAGCAUCCAAGAAUGGCGGCCGUGCGGUUGCGACUCGCCGCCGCAAUAACCGCGGUAAUUACCCGCAGUCUUGGGGAUGCCCGAACUCCAGCAUGAAGACUAAGAAGCGUGUGCUGUGUGUGUUUGAUGGUCAGCGCCGCUUGUGGAAGGACGAGAUGAUGCUCAACAAUGAGUUUGAAGUUCGUCUGCGUUUGCCUGGUGGGGCUGGCGAUGGGACUCAUCGUGAUGCAUAUGUCACGGAUCUCGAUGUCGAGACUAUGAAGCGUGCCGAGGGCGUUCAUGGUGCUAACGAAGAGGAGCGCGGCCCUUGGAUUGAGGGUCCUGUGUCCCAACUUAUGGGUCAGCCGGCAAUGUUGUUGCCGGAUAUGUGCCAGCCGCAAGAUGAUGAGAUUUCUUUGAAUGAACUCAUGUCUUGA